UUCCAUCCAAUCUGCAAGAGCGCGCUGUCCGUUAGCACAUUCGGCUCUUAAAUCACGAUAUCAAUUGCCAAAAAAUCGUGUUCAACAAAGUGCAGCUUAUCAAGCUGAUAAUGGCCAAUAAAAUAAUAUCAAACAGUGAAAGGCGGGCUUCAGUGCAUAAAUCAUUGAAUAUUAGUGCAACUCCAAUGCCUCGAAUAUUUAGUGGUCCCAAUAAUAUGGCUACAUGCGAAAGAGUGGUACCACUAAACAUUAGACGAAAGCGGCGAAAAGACAGACAUCGAUAAACGAGUGUAGCAAAACGCAACACUGCAAAAUGUUUGUAAACAGCUGCGGAACUCCACGAAGCCGCCAGAGGGCGCACCAACUGCGCGUGGGCAUUGCCAGAAAAAUCAAAUUGAAAUGCUGCCCUGUGAAACGCCAUAUUUGAUUCGGCUGCUUGCAUUAUAAUACAAGAAAUUAAAAUUUUCGAGCGAAAACGCUAGCCCAGGCUUUCCAAUCACUAGCCCAAACGUGUGAAGAACUCUCGCGAAGAUGAUUUAGCACAACUAAAGUGAUUCACGCGUGGAGUCCAGCAAAUCAACGUCGGACGUAUCCAAACUCCCAGCAAACCCAGCAGAAGUGCACCACAGACCCCACCACAAAAUGGAGCAGUAUCUAGUGCCGUUAGAGGAGCCCGUCUACUCGGAUUUGCAGGUGGUGCAAGUGCCCCAAGAGGAGGUUGGGUCUCUGGUGCUCCAGGAUGACCAGCAAUUGGUGUUCAACGACCAGCAGCAAGUGGUGUAUCAAACCACAGCGCCGGCCCAAUACCAGCAGCCCCAACAGGCCACAGCUCCUGCCCACUACAUAAUCGGAGGAGAAGAUCUCGCCCAGCAACAGCAGCAGCAGCAACAACAACAACACCAGCAACAGCAGCAGCAACAGCAAGUCGUGAUGCAUCACCAGCAGCACCAAGUGCAGCAAGUGCACUAUCAGCAGCAGGAGGCACAGCAGCAGCAGCAACAAAUCCAUCUGGAGCAGCAGCAGCAGCAGCAGCAGCAGCAAUAUGUGCAACAUCAGCAGCAACAGCCCGCCAUACAGCAUACUCAGCAGAUUUAUUACACCUCCGAGCAGGUGCUACAGCCCAACACCAUUGUGCAGCAUGCGUCCAUGCAGCAAUUGCAGCAGCAGCAGCAACAGAAGAAGCAGCAACAGCAAGUGCUCCAGCAACAACAGCAGCAGCAGCAACAAUAUCAUGCGCCCGCCUAUCAGCAGCAGACGGCGCAAUUGGUGCAAACGAGCGGGCAGCAGCAGCAGCAACUAUUGCAGAGUCCACAGCAGCAGCAACAGCAUCAGCAGACGCAGCAGCAGGGCCAAACAUUGCAUCUGCAGACAUCACCCGCCCAGCAGCAGCAGCAACAACAGCAGCAGCCGCAAGUCGUCUACCGCAUGACCACCACACAGCAGCAACAACGACCGCUAACUAACAACAUGCACGUCAUCGUGCAGCAGCAGCCGGUGCUCAUCCAGGCUCAGCAGCAUCAGGAGCUCAUCAUGCGCCAGGCCACGGCCAUUCAUCCGUACAGCAAUCGCGUGGUUUAUACCACAUCGCCACAGCAGCAGCACGCCCUACAGCAGCACGUGCAACAGCAGCAGCAACAACAGCAGCAGCAAAUGCAACUCCAGGCCACAGCGCAGACGGCACACCUCGUGCAGACGCGUGUGGUGCCGCAGCAAACCCAAAACGUGGUCUACCAGCAGCUGCAGGUGCAGAAGGUGCCACAGCAGCAACAGACGCAACAGCAGCAGCAGCAAGUGGUGCACACACAGCAGCCCCAACUGGUGGCCACAUCUCAGGGCGGUGGAACGCUCGUGCGGGCCGCGUUUCGUGGGAAGAACGCAAGGGGAGGAGCCGUACUCACGCGCACAAUGAUUGCCACAAGUGGCGGGGUACGACCCACGCUCAGUCCCACCACAAUUGUGCGCCACGUGCGACCCCGAGGAGCUGCCGGCACCGUCCAAGGUGGCAUUGUGAGGAACAUGCGUCCGCCGGGAGUACGUCCACGUGCCCAGUUGGUGGUGCAAACCAGCUCCCCGGAGGGCAGCCAAACGAUGCAAAUCGUGACCCAAACGCAGAUGACGAAGCAUAUAACCAUCAGCGCGAAUCUCGGCCAGCAGACGGUGCCAGGACAGCAGCUGCAGCAGCGGCAGGUGUAUCGGACUCACAUGAUCACCGACGGCAGUCAGCCGCAGCACCCGCAGCAGCAACACCAACAGAUGCUGAUGAUGCGACAGUCGCCGCUGCGUUAUCGGGCGCCUGUCUCCCUCACCACGGCGGUGGCAACGCCCGUGCCAGCCGCUGUGACCGCCACGCCCGCGGCAUCAACCACAAGCAGCAUGGGCAUUGACAUGGAGGAGCGCAUCCAAGCGGCGGUGCUGAAGAAGGAGCAACAAAAGCCAACCACCAAUCAAAUGCCAAUACAGCUGGCACAGGGCACAAGCCUGACGACCUACUAUCCGGGCAGCAGCACGACACAGGCCAACACGGAAGAGGAGCAACAGCAACAACAACAGCAACAGUUGCAACAGCAGCAUCAACAGCAGUUGCAACAGCAACAACUGCAACAGCAGCAGCAGCAGGUGCAGGCAGUGCGCACGGCGAGUGGAGCGAGCAUGUCGCUGGCAGAGUUUAAGAAGCGCCAAACGAUGACAGUGUCCACGGCGGUGCCCACAUCCGUGACGACAAGCGGAAGUUUGACGCCCCUGCGGCCCAUGACACCGGGAACGCUGGUGCGUGCCGCGCCAAAGCUGAUAGCCACACAGACGCCCACGGGCGGAGUGCUGCCGAUCGGCACACGCAUUAUGCAGCCACAAAGAGCCAUUGCACCGCCUGCGGCAACGCCAGCAGUAGCCCCGGCGCCCACACCACCCGCACCAGCAAUUGCUCCACCAUCGGCCUCUGUCGUCGAUGCUGGCGACUCGCAAUCAUCCUCGCAGUCCGGCUCAUCCGUGCAGCAGACGUCGCACAACAAUUACGAGAUUCACUCGCAGCAUGUGCUCAACAAUCGUGCGGGUCAGGCGAUACCCGAGAGGGAUCGGAAUAGCGCCAAGAUGCUCGUGAUACUCGCAUCGGGCGAGCAGCGAUUGAUCACCUUCACGCUGCCGCGGGAGUCGUGCACGGUGCAGGAUCUGCUGGAGCAGGUCUGCGUGCCGUUCGACAACACCACAACGAUCCAGUGCGUCGAGCAUCGUGGUGCCAAUGUGGACUUUGUGGUAACUGUGGGCUUUUCCGUCAACGAAUCUGCCAGCGAACUGAUCUCCCGUGCGGAGGAGAGUCUCCAAAUGAAUCGCCAGCAGGAGAACGCCGCUGCCGCCGCCAGUGCAGCGCCUGCACAGCCUGCGCCCACAACCACAACACCCUCGCCGGCGUACACGCAGGCGAAUGCAGCGGCAGAGCAGGCCAAGCGCGAGGCAGCCAGUUCAGCGGCACCAAACGGAGGCAUUACCAACGGCACGGCCACGGGCGCAGGUGUCGUGUCGGUGGCCACCGAGGGACGCAAGCUGAUCGACGGCUACUAUGCGGUGUGCAAGCAGUGCGGCUUCACGGGCAUGGAUCAUGCCAAGUGCGAGCGCUGCAAGCGAGUCUUCCUGGAGCCACCGAAGCGUAAGUCCUACCUGCCAAAGUCGAAUGCCACCUCCUCGCCGGCAUCAUCCACCUCCAGCGAGGCGGCCACGCCUGCGGAGAAGCGGGAACUGGCAGCGGCUGCACGCUACAACAAACAGAUGGGUGGCGUCACCUUUGCCACUGGAGCCAGAGGACGCGGUGGCAUGGCCUCAAUGCGGGGACGAGCCCGUGGCGGUAGACGAGCGCCCGAGGCGGAUCCUGUGGUGCUGCUGAGCAGUGAGGAUGAGGCCGAACCAGAUGAUUCCACUGCCGAUGGCAGUGUUAGUCUUCCAUCCCUGCACUCGAGCCACUACAGCCAUUUCAUGAAUGGAAAAGUUCCUCUGCCCGCCGUGGCAUUUGCCUGCGAGCCCGUGCUGCCCGAGGUGGACGAAGAACCGCUGUACAGAGAUUUUGUGCGCGGCGAUGUCAUGGACUUGACGGAUGUGCCGGCUAACGAGCAAUUCUCCACACCGAUCACAUGCAGUUGUGUGCGUCUGAUACCCUAUCGUUUCGAUACAAUUGAGCCGGUCACCUUCACCUCGAAGGGCCUACGUAUAAAUGGCAUACUGCACGACAUGGACGAAAAGUUCACCCUAAACAUCUACAAGCACGAGGUGAUCAAGGUUAUUGCACAUUUCGGCAGUGUUGACCAGCCACAGACACUCCUUACGCUCUACUUGCUCAAGACAUGCGCACUGUAUGUGAAAGCGCAACUUUGUCUGCCCGAUGAUCAACCAAAUGAACAGACUGGCUUCAAGUCACAAACCUCUGUCCACACACGACGCCUCGUGCUGCUGUUCGAUAGCAUUUCACACAGCGCCCGUGAGACCAUCAAGACGAUGUUCAGCUGCGUGGACGAGAUCUCGGCCAUAGAUGCGGCCGAUAUAUUCGAUCGCAUUGCCGACUCUGAUCGCAAGGCCUUGGACAAGUCCACACAGCCGGUGGUGCGGCAGUUGCGUGUCGAUGAGCAGGUAAGCCUGCUGAUGUAUCCGCCCACGGGCACGGGCAGCCUUUGCAUCCGCAUGGAGGACUUUGUGUGCCUCACGAAGGAGUCGUAUCUGAACGACAUCAUCAUUGACUUUUACCUGUUGUGGCUGCGCAACACACUGAUACCGGAGGCAACACGCGAGCGUACGCAUGUUUUCAGCACAUUCUUUUAUAAGCGACUGACGACGCUGACGCGUCCCACCGACAUGCGGCAAACAGCUGCACAGAAGCGGCAUGCCAGGGUCCAGAAGUGGACCAAAGUCGUGGACAUAUUCGACAAGGAUUUUAUCAUUGUGCCCAUCAACGAGCAGUCGCAUUGGUUCCUCGCCAUCAUCUGUUUCCCGAACCUCAAGGGCCCCGUCACCUAUGACACCAAUCAGCCCGUGGAGCCGCAGCAUCUAAAGCGUGCGCGCGGCAAGAAGGGGCCCCUGCAGAUUGGCAACACCACCAUCACACCGCUAACGAAGAGGGGCGAGGGUGGAGCCCUGCCAGCGGCACUCAACUCGGAGAUCUGCCGCCUAGGCGACGACGGGGAGAGCGAGCGAGACGAGGCCGAGGGCGAUGACAGCGACAUGGCCUCCGAGGACAGUGACAACUCGAAUUCGGGCAAGGAGCCAACGGCCGCCAAGGAAACACCGGCAGCCACACCCACGCCACAGGUUAGCAGUGGCCCAGCGCGGAUUUGCGGGGCGGAGGAGGUGCCGGCGGUGAAGCAGCCCCUGAUCCUCAUCUUUGACUCGCUGGCCGGGGCAUCGCGCAGUCGUGUGGUGGCCACGCUGCGGGAUUACCUCACCUGUGAGUACAGGAUCAAGAAGCCGGAUGCGCAGGCGCACGUCUUCAACAAGGAUAACAUGCCCGGACACUGCGUCAAAGUGCCGCAGCAGAACAACUUCACCGACUGCGGCCUCUAUCUGCUGCAGUAUGUGGAGCAGUUCUUUGCGGAGCCCAUCAGAGACUACAGACUGCCCAUCAAGCAGCUGACGAACUGGUUCGACUUUCUCACCGUCACCAAGAAGCGCGAGGACAUUGCCAAUCUCAUCCAGAAGCUAAUGGACGAGAGCAGCCAAACACAGCGCCAGAUCCUGCCGGUCAUCGAGUUUCCCACCCUCAACGGUCAGCUGGUUGAGUAUCCCGAGGAGACGGAGAGUGCCGAGUUCGAGGAGGAGGAGGGACACGAGGAUGAGGAGCCCAAUAGCGAGAGUCAUGAGGAAAACAACACCGUGAGUGAAAUGGAAGUAGAUCCCGUGGGCGAUGAUCUGCCCGUGGGCAAAACCACCACAGCAGUGGUCGUUAGCAGCACCGCAACGACCGUGAACAGUAGUGGUGCGACAAUGGCAACGGCCGCCAAGACCAAGCGGUUCGUGCUGAAGCGUCCCAUGCAGAACGGUCUGGGCACCACGCUGACGAGCAAUGGCAUUGGAGAAAUCCACAAUGGGAACUUUCAGUUGCCACAGUUGGUUAGCACAACGACGGCGAGUGGCGCGCUUGGCGGUGCUGGGGCAAACCUGGCGCAACGUGCCAGCAGCGGCAGCCUUAAGAUACGCAAGAUCGAGCCUUAGCAUAGGGAAGAUGUGCAACGCAUCGACCUGCCGCCCGCCCCGCCACGAAUGAUGCGGCUGAUGUUGCCACAGCUGCAGCAGCACUCACAGCAGCAGCACCACCAUAUGUAAAUAAAUAUUAAGCAUAAAACAUCUAUUGUAAUUCUCUUACCAGCAUAAUUUGUAUCAAUAUUACUGUCGCCACUGAAAGAAGGAAAAAAUGCAAAAUUGUUAAAAUAAAGACUACAUUCGUAUGUAUAAAAUACACCAGAAA